ACGAUUAUAAUGUUUCAGAAAAAAAUGAAGAUCGAAGAAGUCAAAUCAACAAUUAAAACCCAGAGGAUUUCAGCCCACACUCAUGUAAAAGGUCUGGGAUUGAACGAGGAUGGAACUGCUAUCAAGGUUUCCUCUGGACUGGUUGGUCAGGAGCAGGCUAGAGAAGCUGCAGGACUUGUCACGGAUUUAAUCAAGGCAAAGAGAAUGGCUGGAAGAGCAAUUCUAAUGGCUGGUCCCCCCGGCACAGGGAAAACUGCGCUUGCGCUCGCCAUCGCGCACGAACUUGGAAACAAGGUUCCGUUCUGCCCCAUGGUCGGGAGUGAGGUGUUCUCCUCUGAGAUAAAGAAAACUGAAGUUCUUAUGGAACAUUUCCGUCGAGCUAUUGGACUCAGGAUCAAGGAAACGAAGGAGGUUUAUGAAGGCGAAGUUACCGAGAUAUCUCCGGUAGAAACGGAGAACCCGGCCGGAGGAUUCUCUAAGACCGUGUCCCAUGUUGUUCUUGGUUUAAAGACAGCUAAGGGAACGAAGCAACUCAAACUUGAUCCAUCUAUUUACGAGAAUCUACAAAAAGAAAGAGUAGAGGUUGGCGAUGUAAUUUAUAUUGAAGCAAACAGCGGAGCAGUCAAGCGACAGGGUCGAAGCGAUAGUUUUGCUACAGAAUAUGAUCUUGAAGCUGAAGAAUAUGUUCCAAUUCCUAAGGGAGAUGUACACAAGCGCAAGGAGGUUAUUCAGGAUGUAACACUUCAUGAUCUUGAUGUAGCAAAUGCUAGGCCACAGGGUGGACAGGAUAUAAUGUCGAUGAUGGGACAACUUCUCAAACAAAAGAAAACAGAAAUAACCGAUAAACUAAGAAGGGAGAUUAACAAGGUUGUAAAUAAAUAUAUAGAUGAAGGUAUUGCUGAACUUGUUCCUGGUGUUCUAUUUAUUGACGAGGUUCAUAUGCUGGAUAUUGAAUGUUUCACCUACCUGCACAGAGCUCUGGAGUCUACCAUUUCCCCCAUUGUUAUCUUUGCCACAAACAGGGGAAAAUCUGUUAUCAGGGGCACACAGGAUAUUGUAUCUCCGCAUGGAAUACCUAUUGAUUUACUGGACAGACUUCUCAUCAUACGCACACUGCCCUACACAGAGGAAGAAAUGGUUCAAAUUAUCCGUAUCCGAGCAGCUACUGAAGGUUUAACAGUUGAGGAUUCAGCUCUAGCUGUUCUGGGUCAAAUCGGAAGUAAAGCUACACUCAGAUAUGCUGUUCAGUUAUUGACUCCUGCUUCUGUAAAUGCUAAGAUCCAGAGCAGAACUACGAUAGAAAAGUCAGAUAUCAAGGUUUGUAAACAGUCCACAAACUAUCUACAGGGUUUUCCACAAGAAUGGAGACUUCAGAGACGACUCUACGAAAUUUUACGAAUAAUUAAAAGAAAAACUAAUUCU